AUGGGUUCGUUACGGGGCGCGGAUGAUGUCGAGACGAUAGGUGAACAAUUCGAGUCUCGACUCUUCAGGAAGCAUUACUUGAUAAAGGGUCUCCUGUGGGCGGUGCUCUUAUAUGGGAGCCUGGUUCUAUCGAUCAUUGCGUAUUGCAAUCCUGCACUCUUACCAUUCAAUCCGCUUUCCUAUGUCUUCAACAUCGAAGUGUCUCCCUUCUUUGCGUUUUCGCAAGGCUCGGAAUACUUCCCGAAGCCGCAUGGCGUUAGAAUAGUAGCCUUGGUUCCGUUCCAUUAUCACGAGCGUACUGCGAUCUUGGAUUGUUACCUACAGAACAACCUGGUUCAAAACCGCGGUCUGCUGGAUCAAGUCGUGUUUAUCCCGCAGACGGAUGAUGCGUUCAGUCUACAGUGGCUUGACGCACUGGUUCAAAAGACCCCCGAGUACGCCAUCUCAGUGGGAGAAGAUGACAUGGAUUGGAAAUUCACCCAAGCGAACGUGUUAUACGUCCGCAUCGACGGAGACGUCGUGUUCCUAGAGGAUCACACUAUCCCGACAAUUGUCAAAACAAGACUGGAAGAUCCAGACUCAUUAAUGAUAUCCGCCAAUGUCAUGAGCGAGGGUGCUCUAUCCUCUCUUCACAGCCACCACGGAGUCGCGCUGCCUUAUCUUCCAGAGCUCGACGAAGCCGACCAAGAUCCUCAAACCAAUGGCCAGUCCCACAGUGACUGGCACGCAUCCAACCUGCCUUUGUGGAACGGACCUGCCGCGUUCGUCAUUGAGAAAGAAUUCAGGCCUCCCUUCCAAGGCCAUCGAUGGCUUCCAGUAGCCGAAGAAGGACUGGAUCGCGACCCUAUCGCGUCGGCGAUGCGCCGCGAGACAGGGCCCAGCUUGCAAGAGUGGACCGUGAGCGCGCAGCACCAUUACUCGUUUCUCGACCAUCUCGAGUCGAAUACCUUGAGUCGCUAUAAGUUUCCUCUGUGGAAGAAUCCUCCAGAGGCGGUCAGCAGUACCUUGGGGUGUUUCUGGGGUAAGGAUGCGGCCGCCUUGCGAGAGUUAUACGGUCAACAGACUGCCAGUGAGGGACUGUCAACGAUAUGGACUGCGUCUGAUGGGUCUCAUCCAAAUAUUACCAUCGAUGGGAAGGGUCUGGCGUCACAUUAUUCGGCUGAGAUGGCCGUUGCUGGGCUGGAUUCUACGGAUCUCUUGGAGCGAUACCAUGCUUAUGCGCAGGAAAACGUGUGCAGACCGACUAGGUGA